AGUACAAUCUACUGCUGCCCCAACGUUACACUACUGUUCAGCGGAAAAUCCACGCUUGGGGUCAUAUUGUAAAGCAUUUCACGAGCACAGGGUGGUAGCUUCUCAGCAUUUCGGACCCUUUUAGUCCAAUUAAUAUUAUAAUUAAAAACCAUGACUCAGGCUGAGAAAGAGCAGGACAACGGGAAGGAGAAAGAAAAAGAAAGGGACAAGGAGAAAGAGAAGGAGCAACAACGCGGGGUGAAAAGACCCAUCGCUCCCCCUGCCAUCCCGGAUCCCCUUCAGGAGCAAAUACAGAGCAAUUUUAUCAUUGUAAUUCAUCCUGGUUCAAGGACACUCCGCAUUGGGCGAGCUACGGACACACUUCCCAUUACAAUUCCUCAUGUGAUCGCUCGCAGACACAAGCAAACUGGACAGCCCAAAUAUGAAGAUGCCUGGUUGUUGAGAGAUGGUCUAAAUAAAGCAGAGAGUAAUGAGCAGAGACAGAAUGGACUCAAAAUGGUUGAACAGGCCAUCUGGUCCAAGAAGAUGUCCAAUGGAGUGCGGAGGACACCGGUGUCCGCUGAACAGGCCAGGUCUUAUAACUGUCAGAUCCGUCCGGCAGUACUGGACAGCAGCUCCAGGGUCAAGUGGACCCACACCGGCCACCAGCCUCCUCAUCUGGUGGGAGAGGAGGCUCUUUAUGUAAAUCCAUCUGACUGUUACAACAUCCACUGGCCUAUAGUCAGAGGUCAGCUUAAUGUGCAUGCCGGUCCCGGAGGCUCACUGACCGCCGUCCUGGCUGACCUCGAGACGAUCUGGAGUCAUGUUAUUCAGAAGCAACUCGAGAUCCCCCUUAAAGACCUAAAGUAUUACAGAUGCAUCCUGCUGGUCCCCGACAUCUACAACAGGCCGCACAUCAAAGAAGUUGUCAACAUGCUGCUGCUUAAUAUGGGCUUCUCAGCGAUCAUCGUGCACCAGGAGUCGGUGUGUGCUACAUUUGGCAGUGGGUGCAGUAGUGCUUGUGUGGUGGAUGUUGGCGACCACAAGACCAGUCUGUGCUGUGUAGAGGAUGGAGUUUCCCACCGAAAUUCCAGACUGUGUUUGGCAUAUGGCGGCUCAGAUGUGACCCGCACUUUCUUCUGGCUCCUGCAGAGGGCGGGCUUUCCUUACAGAGACUGUCAGCUGUCCAGCAGACUGGACUGUCAGCUCCUGCAAAACCUCAAGGAGACCUUCUGCCAUCUGAACCAAGUGUGUGUUUGUCAUCUGUGUGUUUUAGAGAAGGACAUAUCAGGACUAAAAGAUCAUGAAUUUCAGACACGUUUCCCAGAAGCCCCAGCUCUUCUCUAUCAGGUUCGACUAGGGGAUGAGAAAUUACAGGCAUCCAUGGGUCUUUUCUACCCAACCACAUUUGGCAUCGUAGGUCAGAAGAUGACAUCACUUCAGUACCGUUCCCAAGGCGAUUCGGAGGAUCCUCAUGAUGAACACUACCUGCUGGCUACACAGAGCAAACAGGACCAGUCCUCCAAAUCUGCUGCAGACCGGAAGGGUAUUUCCAGGCCCGGUAUGGGUCUGGAUGGUGAGAUGAGCGCUCACAGCGGGAUUGGGGAGCCAUCUGACCUGGGCAGGGGCUGUGGGAGUGGCGGCAGCGGUGCAGGAGGGAUGAAGGGGGAGACGGAGUUUGGGACUGCGCAGGGGGAGUGUCUGAUGGGGGCAGGAGAGUUGGAAGAGCCCCUGUCUGCUCACCUCUCAAGGAAGACUGCCAUCAUGAGCCAGUUUGAGAGCAAGGCCCUGGGACUGGAUAAAGCCAUCCUGCAUAGCAUCGACUGCUGUGCAUCGGAUGAAACCAAACGCAAGAUGUACAGCUCCAUCCUGGUCGUGGGAGGAGGGCUAAUGUUUCACGGCGCUCAGGAGUUCCUGCUUCAUCGCAUCAUCAACAAGAUGCCGCCCUCGUUCAGAAGGCUGGUAGACAACGUGGAAGUUAUAACGCGGCCAAAGGACAUGGACCCUCGGCUGAUAUCGUGGAAGGGCGGAGCAGUGCUGGCGUGUCUUGACACCACCCAGGAGAUGUGGAUCCACCAGAGGGAGUGGCAGCGCUUUGGUGUCCGGAUGCUGCGUGAGAGAGCUGCCUUUGUCUGGUGAAACCAAACAGAUUGGACUUGAAUCUAACACACAGAAGAUGUAGUGUGAGCAGCACGUUAGCAGAGCAGCAGCAUCAGUGCUCAGGGUCUACACAGGAGGCUUUCAGGCUCAACUCAACAUGCAAAGAGACUUAGCAGCUCAGAAUGUGGCAACUCUUGAUCAAAUUCAUACAAUAAAGCAGUGUUGUGGAAUUUAAGUGUUCACAAUUACUAAACUGAUAAAACAAUGUUGAUAACUUUCAACAAUCUUUCUUUUUCAUUGUAUUUUAUAUCUUUGGUUUCAUCCAUCAGAAACACAGAUGAGGUCAUUGUUGUGUAACUUUGGAGUCUUGAAUUAUGUUCUGUAAAUAAUACUGCAAUUAUUGUCUUUAUGGACGUUUGGAAGUAUGUAAAUAAACCCAUUUCACUUCA